AUGAAGGCAAUAUUAGGAUUGUUAGCCAUUAUUGUGUUAACAUAAGCUGGAUUUGUUUAAAAAUAUCCAUUGAACUAUUCUAAUAAAAGAAAUAUUAUGUCUAUUAUGACAGAAGUUGAAAGCAAAUUACAAACUAGAAAUCCUCUUGACACAAUCAAAGGCAUUUUGAAUUCAUUCAAAUCAGAAGUUGCUUAAGAAUAAGGAACUCAUGAUGAAGUUUAUAAUGCUUAAAAAACUGAAUGUGAUAGUGAAAUCGAUUACAGAUCAAAAGAAGUUUAAGAUGCCAAUAGCAUCCUUACAAGUGCUAAUGGUAUAUUAAAAACAGCAAAAAUUAUCAAAGGUAAGACUAGUGCAACACUUGAUGCUACUGAAGAAAUUUUGAACACUGCAACCAGACAUAUUGAAAUGAUUAAUUCAGCCAGAAAAGAAGAUACUCAAUCUUACAAUAGAGCUGCUGUAUCAUUCAAUGAUGCAAUUAAUGCUAUUGAUGAUUCAAUUGAUUUGGCUACAGCUUUAGCUAAGGGAUAAGUUAGUUUAGCUUAAGUGGCUGAAUUAUCAACUAAAUUAUUGAAAUCAGCUUUGGCAACCAAAUUAAUUUAAGAAUUUAAAUAACCAAUGGCUGCUUUAGCUGCUAUCACAUAAGAAGAAGAGGCAGGUGCUGCUGAAAGACUUGUAUAAUUACUCCAAACUUUGAGAACUGCUGUUGAAACUGCUUGGACAGACUAUACAACUUAAAAUUAAUUAGGUCUUCAAUAAUUUAUGAAUCAAAAAGAUUUAUACAAUGCUACUUAGGAAAGAUUAGAUAAAGCUAAAUCAAGAUUGGUUGCAAAAUUAGAAGCAACUGAAGGAGUUAUAUCAGUUUAAACUGCUGUUGCUCAAGCUGCCACUAAUAGAAGAUCAAGAAAUCAAAAUUUAUUGGAAGAUGCAAAUGACUUAUGUCAUAGCUUUGAUGUUGAAUAUGAAACAGUUACUGCAGGAAGAAGAUAAGAAUUAGUCUUAAUAAAUGAAUUAGAGAGAUUGGCCACUAGAAGAGCUGCUGAAUAAUAAAUAUGA